UCUCUUCCUGUUUUUGGACUAAUGCAAUGAAAAAUAAGGAAAGUAAGUUCUAUAUGAUUGUAAUAUGUUUCAGUAGUUCAUGAGGAUAUAUCAUCACAAUAAGAAUCUUGAUUGAGGAUGAUUAUAUGAGUAGUUUGGACACAUAACACGAGUAGGUUGUGAAUGGAAUGUAUCAUAAAGCAGUGAUUAUUGCAUGACAAUGCCCAUGGAUAAUACUCAGAAUCAAGAGACAUGGCCAAAGGGUACCCAGGUUGUGGCUAAUUAUAACUUUGAUGGAUCUUCACCCGAUGAUUUACCAUUCAGGAAAGGAGACGUUAUAACCAUUAUACAAUCCACAAAGGAUCCUAAUUGGUAUAAAGGUAAAAAUGACCAUGGUAAAGAAGGAAUGGUACCAGCGACGUAUGUACAGAAAAGGAGAGAGGUCCAUUUACAGGCCAUGCCAUGGUUUCAUGGGAAAAUUGAGAGGAAGAGGUCGGAAGAAUUGCUCAAUCCACGCGAAGAUGGACACGAUGGACUUUUUCUUAUACGAGAAAGUGUCAAUUACCCGGGAGACUUUACGUUGAGUGUUUGUCACCAGAGAAAAGUGGAACAUUAUCGGAUUAUUUAUCAUAAAAACCAGAUGACUAUUGAUGAAGAAUCUUAUUUUGAUAACCUUAAUCAGCUAGUAGAGCACUAUCAGAGGGAUGCAGACGGGCUGUGUACCAAGUUAAUCCGUGCAUUGCCAAAACAAGGAGACAGUUUUGGAGCAGUUAGGAUCCAGGACUUUGAAGCUGGGGGCUGGGUUAUACAGAAGAAAGAUCUGCAGGAAAUUGAAUUAAUUGGCAGAGGAGAAUUUGGAGAUGUGUAUAAAGGACUAUAUAGAAAUGAAUUUGUUGCUGUAAAACAGUUGAAAGAUCAGGAUCGGGCAGCUCAGGCUUUUCUGAAGGAGGCAUCUGUAAUGACGUCAUUACGUCAUCCUAACCUGGUACAGCUGAUAGGUGUAGUACUAGGGGACACAAUUCGACUAGUAACAGAAUUCAUGGGAAAAGGAAACCUUGUUGAAUAUUUAAGGUCAAGGGGUCGAAGUGUCAUACAGAAGAAGGAUCAGAUUGACUUUGCCACAGAUACAUGUGCUGCCAUGGAAUACUUAGAGAGCAAAAAAUUAGUUCAUCGAGAUUUAGCAGCAAGAAACAUACUCAUCAAUGAGAGUAACACAGCCAAGGUUUCUGACUUUGGUUUGGCCAAAUAUGGAGAUUACAGCACUGAAGGGGGAAAGUUCCCCAUUAAAUGGACAGCACCUGAAGCACUCAAAAACAAUAAUUUCAGUAAUAAGUCAGAUAUGUGGAGCUAUGGAAUACUGCUUUGGGAGUUGUACUCCUUUGGACGAGUCCCAUAUCCCAGAAUUCCCCUUGCUGAUGUUGUGAUGCAUGUAGAGAAAGGUUACAGAAUGGAGGCGCCAGAGGGGUGUCCCAAACAAGUAUACAAUUUGAUGCUGAAAGCUUGGAAUUUAAACCCUUCAGAACGUCCCACCUUCAAAGAUGCCUUACAAGAGUUACAGAACCUGCGAGCCACCACAGUAUAGUGAUUCUUACCGUGUACAGUGUAUAUAAGGAUGUUCCAGACUCAUUUAUCAAAGUUCUAAUUUCCUGUUUUGUUAGCAAAAGCAUGACGAAUCGCUAGUAUUAAAGAAAUUGUGAUUAUUUUUGGAUGUGAUGAUGUUAAGUUUUGAACAGCUGUGAAUUAGGGGUUGGAUUACAUUUUAUGUGGAAAAUUUUAAUUGUGGGUUAUGUAAAAAUUUGAACCUUGAAAUAUUCCAAUUCAGAUAUAUUCCUAGAAAGCUCUUCCAGGAGAUUUGAUAUUUAGAAAUCUCUAUUUUUGAUGUUUUUCUUAAUUAUAUAGCCUUGUUUCAUGUAGUAUAUUUGAGAAUUGUUCGUGUGAAAUUAGUAUGGGCACGAUGAUGUUGCGAUCGUAUAUUUAAAGUUCAGCUUGUGUUCUGAGUGCUUUCAUUAAAGCACUAAUCAUUAUUGAAGUUGAUCUUCAGUUUCAUUGAAUACCAGUAUUUUGUAUAGUUUGUCUGCAUUAAGGUAGCUCCAUUCCUAAUAUAUGGAAGAUGUUUUUAUCCAGUGCUAGAGGUGCGAUUUUACAUGUAAGGAUCACAUUUGUCAAUAUUUGAGUGUUUUGAUUUACAUAUUGUGAUGGAUGACAUGAGAAUCUUGGAAGGUUUAGCAACACACUGAUGCUGUCAUUCACAAAACUUUUUCCUUUAAAGGUUUAAAGAAAAUUAUGUAUAAAUAUUUCAGACAAUAUUGAUGACAUGAAACCCAAACUGUUAUGAAGAUUUUAUUUACAUGUACACUGCAUUCUAGAUGAAUAUAUGGGAAUGAUUACUAAUGCAUUUAACACUACCUAUUUAAAAUGUAGAUACUUUCAAUGUAAUGGCUUCUUAAUAGAUGUAUGGAGUAAUUAGCAGGACUAGUUAAUUUCUCCCCAAUAUUUUCAUUCAACACAGUACUUUGAUGCAGAUGAUAUAAGUUUUGAAAAUUAAUUAACUUAUUAAACAGUAUUGGUUCAAAACCAGCUACAUUGUAUAAUAAUUAAUGUCUCUUUCCCCUGUCUCUAGUUUAAAUUUUUUGCAACCAUUUCCUUGUUUGAAAUACUUUUCGUUUCCAUAGUGAAAACUGCAUUACUAUAGUAAAUACAGUAUAUAUUAAUGUCAGAUUAUUUUUUUCAAUAAAAUAUUUAAUUUCAAAAAGUUGAUGCCAAAAUUGAUUAAACUGUUCAUUUGAUGAACACUAUUUAUGUAGUGUAACUGACAAAGAUUGAGUUUUAUUUCUGGAUGAACUAUGACUGAUUCUCUUCGAACUACUCUUGUUUUAUUCGAUAUUCUACAGGUUUUUGUCAAACAUACUCCUGUAGUACAUGAAAUGCUGCUGUUGGUAAUACAUUGUCCGUUUAAGGAAAUACGCGACAUUUCUCAAUAAUAUAUCACUUUACGUGAUGAAUUUAUUUGCAUUCUGUCUUAUUUCUGCACUAAGUCUUGGGGUGCAUUACCAGGUCUGUUUUAGAGUUAGCUUAUUUUGCUAGUUCCUGGUUGUUGCAAGUAAAAAUGUAAAGUCGGCUCUUCUGUAUUACAGUAAGUUAUAUAAAUGAAUGUAACUGUACUAGCAAUGACAGAAAAAUCAUUGAAACAAUACAGUAUCAAACCCCAGACCCUUGCAUUACUAGUUAGGUGAUCUAGCCACUGUGCUAUCAAGGUAGAUAUAGAAAGAAAUAUUACUACAUCGUAAAAUUUAAACCUAUUUUGUAAAUCAAACAAGAGCUCUUCAUAUCGUGGAGAUGAAAAAAUAAGUUUAGAAAAAAUGUCUGAAACGUUGCAUGUAUCAUUAACUGUGUUCUGGUAUCAUGUGGUUUAGAAAUGAGAUUUGAAAGUGUCCCUAUUUAUAGUUUUUCUAUUGCUCAGUAUUUUUGUACUCUAAUGGUAAUUAAUUUUAUAAGGAACAUGUCAUAUCUUCACAGGACUAUUUUCAUUUUUUAAACUUAAAGCCAUUUCAGAAAUAUUCAUCUGUAAUGCAUUUUAUAAGUUCAUGAUUUAGCAACAUGCAUGCAUGCAAACCGUGGAUGCAAGAAAUAUUAAUAAAAUGAUGAUUUAUACCUGUUCAAA